UUCCGGAACUGCCUGGAAUGCAAACAACAUGUAUAAAGGCUGCAGUGCUCAGCUCAUUGAGACAGUAAACCUGACAACAUAACUGAAGCACGUGACAGCCCAGAGAGGAGAGAUAGCAAAUACAGACACAAUGCUACUGAAUCCAGCUUUUCGAACUUCUUUCAGCCCUCUGUAUGCUUCACUGGAACCAGGAUUCACAGCUUGGCCAUUCAGCCUGAGCACCUUUGAACAGCUGGAAGGGGAACUGCAGAGAGACCUGCACCAAAUGAAGCGAACAAUGAACUUUAUGAAUGAGAUCUUUCAGCAGCUGUCUGACGAUGUCAUGGAGAAAAGAAAAAAACCUGUGGACAAACUGCAAACCAGAAGGGAAAAAGAUCCAAGCAGCAGAAUACAAAACGAUGAAAAGGGCUUCUCUCUGUCUCUGGAUGUUAAACAAUUUUCCCCAGAAGAACUGAAUGUGAAAGUAGCUGGUAGAAAAGUCACUGUGGAAGGAAAACAUGAAAUGAAAAGUGAGGAUGGUGAAACAGUUUUCUCUUAUGAGUGCAAUCGGUUUAAGAAGGAAGUCCUGUUACCAGAGGAUGUGAAUUCUGAAGUAGUAACUUGUUUGCUAUCCGACAAUGGAGAGCUUGUCAUUGCAGCCCCACGACUGUCCUCACCAGCUGUGACAGGUAGAGACAUUCCUAUCUCCAUCAGCAUGGACAUAAGAAAUGGAAAGGGAGAUGAAAAUGAGAACGCAGAUAAAACGGACAAUAACAAAAGGCAAGAAACCUCUUCAAAUGAGGGAAAUGAAGUUGCAACUGUACAGACUGCCUAGCUGUACAAAGACUGACAUUUCUCUUAUUUAAUGCUCUGUGCUUAUCCAUUUAACUAUUUCUUGAACUGUUGUCCUCUGAAAAAGCCUAGAAUGUUGUCAUAUAUUUCAUGUUUUUAAGAACUUAAUCUUUUGUUCAAAUAUUCCUAUGAAUUAGAAAUGCCAGUGAGCAGACAUCAGUUUAGCAAUGUUUAGAUUUUGUAUGAUUCACUCAAAACUUUCUUUGUUUUACCACAAUUUGUGUGACCUCAGAUUGCUUUUGUAUGUCUUCAUUUUUCUUUAUUUCUUUAAAUUUACAGUAAUAGUCAUGGAUUGUUUUUUUUUCCUUUCUCACAUAUUUUGUUAAAUAAAUAAGUUGCUAUGUUAUAUUUACACCUGACAACUUUCUUUCAUUUCUCAAAAUGAUGCAAAGUGUAAAUAAUUUUUGCUUGUCCUUUAGGUUACUUAACAAACGUACCCGAGUGUUAAACUGCAGCUGGACAGGAACUGGGUAGAGACAUGUGAAAUAAUGCAUUAGAAUUGGAUUUCUCAGAUCUUGUAAAAUAAAGGAGUG